UAUACUUCUAGAUUGUACCUGUUAAAUUAUAUUUCUUUGUUUUUUUUCCAGGUGGCCCUUAGUAUCUUAAAGAUUAGAAGGUUUGAUGUGGCGAAGUGCCCACACCGCUAGAAGAUGACGACAGAAGAGGUGGUUGUCAUAGCCAAGUUUGAUUAUGUGGCUCAACAGGAUCAGGAGCUGGACAUCAAGAAGAAUGAGCGACUAUGGCUUCUGGAUGACUCAAAAUCUUGGUGGCGUGUUCGUAACUCUACGAACAAAACUGGCUUUGUGCCUUCAAAUUAUGUGGAGAGAAAGAACAGUGCACGAAAGGCCUCCAUAGUCAAAAACUUGAAGGACACAUUAGGUAUUGGAAAAGUGAAACGGAAACCAAACAUGCCCGAUUCAUCUUCUACUGCGGAUGAUAGUUUCUCUGAAAGUGAACGCCUGUAUGACCUCAACAUGCCAGCAUAUGUUAAAUUCACAUACACAGCAGAGAGAGAGGAUGAGCUCUCCUUAGUAAAAGGAACCAAAGUCAUUGUUAUGGAGAAGUGUAGUGAUGGUUGGUGGAGAGGUAGUUACAAUGGACGCGUAGGGUGGUUUCCUUCAAAUUAUGUGACUGAAGAUAAUGAUAGCCCUCCAGGAGACCAAGUGGGGACAUUGUCAGAAAAGUUGGCAGCAGUUGUCAACAACCUUAAUAAUGGCAGGUCACUCCAUGUAGUCCAAGCUCUCUAUCCAUUUAGCUCAUCAAAUGAAGAGGAGCUCAACUUUGAAAAGGGAGAAGUGAUGGAUGUUAUUGAGAAACCUGAGAAUGAUCCAGAGUGGUGGAAAUGUCGAAAGGGCAAUGGUCUUAUUGGUCUAGUUCCAAAGAACUAUGUAACAAUAAUGCAGAACUUUCAGUCUAGUUCUGGUUACGAACCCUUGCCUCCACGUUGUGAUUACAUUGGGCCUUCAACCACUGGAAGGUUUGCUGGUAACCUGUGGUAUUAUGGUAAAGUGACACGACAUCAAGCAGAAUCGGCACUCAAUGAAAGAGGAAAUGAGGGAGAUUUCCUUAUCAGAGAUAGUGAAUCUUCGCCAAAUGAUUUUUCUGUGUCGCUGAAAGCUCAAGGCAAAAACAAGCAUUUCAAAGUCCAAAUGAAAGACAAUGUUUACUGCAUUGGGCAACGCAAAUUUCCCACUAUGGAGGAGUUGGUAGAACAUUACAAAAAGGCUCCAAUUUUUACCAGCGAACAGGGUGAGAAACUCUAUCUAAUCAAGCCAUUGUCUUGAGGAUACAAUGUGAAAAGCGAGUGCAGGAUCUCCAACAAUUCCAGGUUUAGUGCAUUCUCUUUAAAGUCGGAAAAGAAAUUGGUUGAUAUCAAGAUAGCGAACCAAUGGGAGCCUCCUGGUCUACUCGUGAAAAGGCCCCUUUAUCACUAGCAGUUUUCAGCCAAGAAAUUUUGCCACAAUGAAUUGGAUUUCUUUUACUACUUUGCUUCCUUUCCUCCUGUUAAUUCCCCUGAGCUUUUCUACUUUCUGCCUUACUUUCAACCAUUUCAGUGUUUCGGUGCAAAUUUGUGUAACCUUCGCUAAAAGGUUUUGAACAAUAUGGCAGGUGCUAAAGCAGAAAAGAUUCUACCUGAUCACGCCAAGCCAACUAUUAUGCCUGUAUGCUGCUUUGUUUCGUCACUCCAUGCUUCAGACUGAAUUUGAAAGGCAUUGGUAUGGUUUGAAUAAUGUUCUCGUAGUUUGUGAGCUGCAUCCUGUAUUCAGUUUAUCCCCAACACAUAAACUGGUGUAGUUCUUUGUGUUUGCCAAUACAGUAUGGGAUAUGCGAAUUAUUAUUUUUUAAGACAUUUCAUAUUUAUUUGUUUACAAAACCGUGAUAAUCUUUCAGGGCCAAUGCUGGUUUAGAUGUUUGCCAGCAUCCAGAUUCUUCAUAACUAGCUGUAUAUUCUCAACCUCAUUGUAGACCUGGAAACAAAUUUGUCCAAUAUUCAGAAUGGUAGGAAUUAUUAUUUAGUUUGUAUCAAGUGGUGUAGACUGGGCUUCAUGAACACAUUUCCCUCAAGCUCAAAAUAAAUAUAUACUAUGCUACUAUAUAAAGUUACUAUGUAUUGUGUAAUGUAUGGUCAAGAGUCUGAAUUUUAGGACAGAGUUUAUUUAUAGUGUUACACAUUUACAUGAUGGAUACAUUAAUAUACAGCUAUGUAUGAAGAACUCAUGUUGGUUUAGAUUGUUAUAGGAAAAGCAUGUAGUAGAGAAUUCACUCUCUAUUUGUCAGAUUUUUAUUCUUUCAAUCCUAGCACAUCAACCAAAAGCAAAAUAUUGUAUGACACAAAAUCACUAAUAAAGUUAUGUGAAAAGCUUUUAUGUAUAUGAGGGAACUCAAGCAAAACAUUUUUAAAUAUGUUUCAAGAAAAUGUAAAUUGAAAAGCUGGUUACAUGUAUGUAAAAACUAGCAGGAAAUGCAUGUUUGUGCACUAGUUAUACUGUUCUAUUACUACUCACUGGCCAAUAGUGCCAACUCCAUAUUUAAUGUUGUACAAUGAAAAGCCACCAUAAGCCUGGAAAUUAACUAGAUUUUAUUUCAUCACAAACAUGUUUUUCAGCAAUCUAAAAAGUUAUUUUGCAAUACAAUUUCCUAGAUGCAGCAAAAUAAAAAUGCUUUAUGUGUUGCUUUAAGAGUACAAACCUGAGAAUGGAUACACAAUGUGUUAAUAUUGCUGUAUCUGCAUAUUCAUUUGACUGUUUUAUAUGUAUGUAUUAGUGAAAAAGAAAUGAGACGUGAUCAGAUAAGCCAGAUUUGUUACCCUGACUUUACUGUCUGUCCAUCAGGAGUGAUCUUGCUGAGUAAGUCCAUAAAUUAACCCCUUCAGCUCACAGAAAUCAGGUUUGAAACAGUUUUUCUUUUGUCCUGAAUCUAAGUGCUGGACACCUUUUUGUUAGCAAUCUCCAAAUUAUAAGCUAUGUAUUAUAUUUUCUUUAUUUAGCCCACCACUGUGAUCUAGAUUUAGGGUACAUUAGGAUAGGUACCCUGUCAUAUGCACAAAAUAAAUAAAUAAAUAAUAAAACCAGAAUCUAAGACCUAUAUUAAAGGCUUCUUCCAAAUUUGUCUAUUUAUAAAAAAUACAGAGGUAUCAGGGUUCUUCAUUCUGUAUUAAUUAAAUCAGAGUUGUAUAACAAUACUUCUGUGAUGCAGCUCCCUUGAGAUUUUAAGGCAAGAUAAAUGACUUUAAGCAAAUAUGCCAAUCCAUGUCCCAAGGAAAAAAAUAUUUGUGUACUUUAAACAAGAUUUAAAAAUUUCUGCAAGCGGAUAUUUUUUGCCAUCAACAGAUUAAACAUGUCAUUGAUUAAAAUAAAAUGAAAAGACUACCACUUGUAUUGUUGGUUCCUAAUUGUAUGUGGGGACUGAAUGUUUUGUUUUUUAAUCACAUAGGGGGAGCUGUAUCUAAACAUACUGAGCCGUUUGAAGCAAACCAAUUACUUCAAGACCUUUUGUCAAAUUAUGUACAGAUUUAGAUGUUACAUAUCCUUUUGUAUGUGUGUAUCCUAGCAACGAAAUGCAAUGGGACAUUAUCAUUUUAAAUACAUAUCAGAAAUGUAAAUAGAUAUGCAUUUGGCUCCAUGCAUUGUCUUCCAAGAUCUCACCCUACAAAUGUUCAAUGGCCUUCUUAUAUUGGCACUACCAUGUCACCAUUUAUUUUGUAAAAUCAGGUUUGUAUUAUUAAAUCUAGAGUGUGCUAAAGAAAAGCUGUUUCCAUCUAAAGGGGAGGAGAGUCCACGUCUUCAUUCAUUACUGUUUGAAAUUAUGAACCUGGCCACCAGGAGGAGGCAAAGACACCCCAGCCAAAGGCUUAUAUACCUCCCCUCAUCCCCCAUCAUUCUUUGCCUUUCGUCACAGGAGGAUGGCAGAGAAGUGCCGAAGAUCGGAGUUGUCUCUUAUGGAGGGUAUUACUCUUCGCAUUGGGACUGGAGUUUUAAGUAGUCCUGUCAGCCUCUCAGUGAGAGCCUGGGCGAAAGUUAGAGUCCGGAGAUGCAGGGAGAGUCUUUAUGCAAAACCAUCCAGACUUAUAUUAACAGCUCCACAAGCAAUCAGCGUUGACGAGUUUCGCUUUCUGCACUCAAGUCCAUGUCAGGAGCGAGGCUACUAACUUGAAGGGCCGUGUUCCUAUUCCACGGCGUAGAUUCUGGUAAGAUCGUUUCAUUUUUUAUUACAUAAUGAUAACACGGAAGACAGGGUUACAGUGUGACGCCUUUUAUCUUUACAGAAUCAAGGGUUAAUAUUCCUUGAAAGGGGAUUAUUGAACGGGGGAGGGGGUUAUACAUGAUAUUGUUUGUGUCAUUGCUGCGUUAUGUGCGAGAUGAGGCUCUGGCAAUGUGUGGAACUUUCAGGUGACUUAUGGGAGUGUUGCGAGGCCAUUUUUUGGCGUGUUUUCUCCUUAGGCAGAGGCGGUCCUGCCAGGCAUUCCAUGUGACCGGGUGUGACUAUCUCUUCCUCUGUUGAUCAGCGGCGCAGGAGAUGGAAAGGUUUCUGUAGUCCGGGUCAUAGGAGGUGGUGAGUGCCCCGACCAUUGGAGGUUAUAAAUUUGACUAUUAAGUUAAUGUAGUCCGUAAUAACAGCGCAAGCUAUGGAGGACUCUGACGCGUUAGAGGGUUCUCCCUCUUUAAUAAGGUCUCAUUACUGUGUUUAUUGUGAGGAGGUUCUGGUAGAUCAGCCUGCUCAACUAUGUUCCACGUGCCUUUAUAAAGUUACAACAUCUAAAAGUAAACGGAUGUCUAGUACUACUGAGCCGUCCACCUCUGAGGGUUCCCGUCCCGUGAGGUGCAUUCCCUGCAUCCAUCUCCAAUUGCACAUGCAGUGCCCCAGGGUCCAACCAUUACUUCUGCGGGAGAGAUUCGUUGGCCGUCAGAUUUUACGGAUCAACUGUAAACGGUGGUAUCAAAAGUGAUCCAUGCCUUAUCACGUUCUGCUAAGCGCAAGCAUAGGGCGCAUCAUGGCGGCCCAGCUCAGGGUUUGUCUAUGCCUGUGAAAAUAUCUGAGGCGUUAUACGAUGACGAGGCCCACUCCUAUUCUUCGGAGGAGGCCCCUUCUGAGUCUGAGUCCGUGUCAUCUAAACCUCCGGCUGCGGAGGAGCCUGACUUUAGGUUUAGGAUGGAGAAUUUGCGCUUUUUGCUGAAGCAAGUGCUUGCUACUCUGGAGGUUCCGGAACCAAAACUUCCAGAAGAACCUGCGAUUCCUAAGCUUGAUCAGUUAUGAGGACAGGGUGGUGCCUCAGGCCUUACCGGUCCCUGUUAAGAUGGCAAAUAUUAUUAAGAAUGUAUGGGAGCGAUUAGGUUCUUCCUUUUCCCCUUCUUCCUUUAAGAAACUGUUCCCCGUUCCGGACUCUCAGCUUGAGCUGUGGGGUACUGUCCCUAAUGUGGAUGGUGCUAUCUCCACGCUCGCAAAGUGGACAACUAUUCCCCUUGAGGAUAAUUCGUCAUUUAAAUAACCUAUGGAUAAAAAGUUGGAAAACAUGUUAAGGAAGAUGUUGACCACCAAGGUGUCAGGUUAUUCCGUUUUAGCUCGCUGGGCUCUGUGGCUAAAGUCUUGGUCUGCGGACAUGACCUUCGUAAGUCGAGGCUGUUGUCCCUGCCUUUUCAAGAAAAGAUUCUGUUCGGUCCAGGAUUGGAUUCAAUCAUAUCCACGGGUUACAGGAGGCAAGGGAGCUUUCCUACCGCAGGAUAAAAAGGCUAAGUCUUAAGGAUCUACUUUUCGUCCCUUCCGUGCGGACAAGGCCCAGCGCCAGCAGCCCGCCGCAAAAGUAGACCAGUCCAAGGGAACUUGGAAGCCGGCUCAUUCUUAAAACAAGUCUAAGCAGAGCAAGAAGCCCGCCGAGACAAAAUCGUCAUGAAGGGGAGGCCCCCGUCCGAUCUCCGGACCAAGUAGGGGCAGAUUAUCUCUCUUCUCAGAAGCAUGGUUGCAGGACGUUCAGGACCCUUGGGUUCUGGAAGUUGUCGCCAAGGGUUACAGGAUAGGGUUCAGAUCCCAUUUGCCCAGGGGCAGAUUCCUCCUGUCAAACCUGUCUUCAAGACCGGAAAAGAGAGAAGUCUUUCUAGAAUGUGUGAAGGAUCUCUCCUCUCUAGGUGUUAUCGUACCAGUACCCCAAGCAGAAAGGGGUCUAGUGUACUAUUCAAAUCUUUUUGUGUUUCCAAAGAAGGAGGGCACAUUCUGCCUGAUUCUGGACCUAAAGUGUUUAUACAAGUUUCUGAGUGAAGGACGCUUACCUUCAUGUGCCAAUUCACAGGGAUCACUUCAAGUUCUUAAGAUUUGCGUUUCUGGACCAACACUUAGUUUGACGGCCCGAGAGUCUUCACAAAGGUUCUGGGGGCGCUACUUGCAGUGGCCAGAUCCAGAGGCAUUGCUGUGGCGCCCUAUCUGGACGACAUCCUAGUCCAGGCGCCGUCGCUCAGUCUCACAGAGGAUCAUUAAAGGGCUCUUCUUAUUCUGCUCCAAUCUCACGGUUGGAAGAUCAACUCAGGAAAGAGUUCCCUGGUUCCCAGCAACAGGGUGGAGUUCCUGGGUACGAUAAUAGACUCUGUCCAUGAAAAUAUUUCUCACAGACCAUCGACGCAGGAAGAUUGCGUCCUCUUGUCUUACCCUUCAGUCCUCCUCAAGCCUCUCAGUGGCUGUGUAUGGAGGUGAUCGGACUCAUGGUUUCCAGCAUAGACGUCAUUCCAUUCGUCAGGUUCCAUCUCAGACCUCUUCAAUUGUGUAUGUUGAGACAGUGGAACGGUGAUCAUUCAGAUCUAUAACAGCAGAUAUCCAUGGAUGCUCGGACUCGGAUCUCCCUCUCUUGAUGGAUCCGUCCAGAGCAACUGUCCAUGGGGACAUCCUUCUUGAGACCGUCCUGGGAGAUUGUGACCACGGACGCAAGUCUGGCAGGAUGGGGAGCUGUUUGGGAGCCAGGAUGGCACAAGGAAAAUGGUCCCGGGAGGAGUCUCUCCUUUCAAUAAAUAUUCUGGAACUCAGAGCAAUCUACAAUGCUCUGAAGGCAUGGCCUCCUCUGGGGUCGUUCAGCUUCAUCAGAUUCCAGACAGACAACAUAACCUCGGUGGCUUACAUCAACCAUCAGGGGGGUACGAGGAGCUCACCUAGCCAUGAGGGAGGUGUCUCAGAUAUUUGAGUGGGCGGAGUCCCACAAUUGCUCGCUCUCAGCGAUUCACAUUCCAGGUGUGGACAACUAGGAAGCAGAUAUUCUCAGCAGACAAUCCUUCCAUCCGGGGGAAUGGUCUGUUCACCCCAAAGUGUUUGCAGAGUUUUGUCUAAGGUGGGGAAUGCCGGAGAUAGAUCUCAUGGCGUCCUGACUCAAUUACAAGCUACCCCGAUACGGUUUGAGGUCCAGGGAUCCCCAGGCAGAGCUGAUAGAUGCCUUAGCGGUGCCUUGGAGGUUCAGCCUAGCUUACAUCUUUCCACCAUUACCACUUCUACCUCGUGUAGUGGCACACAUCAAACAGGAGCGAGCUUCGGCCAUUUUGAUUGCUCCAUCGUUGCCACGGAAGACGUGGUUUGCGGAUCUGGUGGGGAUGUCAUCCUCUCCGCCGUGAAGGUUACCCUGUCGCAAGGAUCUGCUGAAACAGGGCCCUUUUCAUCAUCAAAAUCUUGAUUCUCUGAGGCUGACUGCGUGGAGAUUAAACGCCUAGUCUUGGCCAAGAGAGGCUUUUCUGAGAGUGUGAUUGAUACUCUAAUUCAGGCAAGGAAGCCAGUCACUUGUCGUAUCUACCAUAAGGUGUGGAUGACUUGUCCUGGUGUGAGAAGCAUGGAUAUCCAUGGAAUAAGGUGAAGGUAUCCAGGAUGCUGUCCUUUCUCCAGGAUGGUUUGGAGAAGGGUCUUGCCGCCAGUUUAAAGGGACAGAUUUUGGCAUGAUCAGUCUUGUUGCAUAGGAGGCUCGCUGAGCUCCCUGACAUCCAAUCUUUUGUUCAGGCUCUGUCUAGAAUCAGGUCUGUCUUUAGACAGUCUGCUCCCCCAUGGAGCUUAAACUUGGUUCUUGCAGAACGUUCCGUUUCAGCCUAAGCAUUACAUUGACAUUAAAAUUCUGUCCUGGAAGGUUCUCUUCCUAUUGGCCAUUGCAUCGGCACGCAGAGUAUCUGAACUGGCUGCCUUGCAAUGUAAGCCUCUUUAUCUGUUUUUUCGUGUGGAUAAGGCUGUGCUUCGCACUGGUUUGGGGUUUCUUCCCAAAGUGGCGUCCAACCGUAACGUCAAUCAGGAAAUAGUGGUUACUUUGUGUCCUAACCCUUCUUCUAAGGAGAUGUUACUUCAUAAUCUGGAUGUUGUUCAUGCCCUGAAGUUCUAUCUUCAGGCUACAAUGUAUUUGACAAUCUACAUCUCUUUUUGUGGUGUAGUCAGGGAAGCGUAAGGUGCAGAAAUCCUCUUCUACUUCUUUGUCCUUUUGGUUGAGGAGCUUGAUUCGCUUGGUCUAUGAGACAGCAGGACAUAAGCCUCCUCAGAGGAUAAACAGCUCAUUCGAAUAGAGCUGUGGCUGCGUCCUGGUCCUUCAAGAAUGAGGCCUCUAUGGAGCAAAUUUGUUAGGCGGCUACCUGGUCCUCUUUACACAGUUUUACAAAAUUUUGCAAAUUUGACGUUUUUGCUUCUGCGGAAGCUGUUUUUGGGAGAGAGGUUUUGCAGGCUGUGGUGCCCUCAGAUUAGGAUCCGCCUUUUCCCUCCCGGUUUCAUUCAGUGUCCUCUAGAGCUUGGGUAUAUGUUCCCAACAGUAAUGAAUGAAGCGUGAACUCUCCUCCCCUUGCUUACCUGAUACCUGCUUACCGGAUAAUUUCAUUUCCAUCGAGGGGAGGAGAGUCCACGGCUCCCGCCCGUAUCUCAGAGGGGUGGACCUAAAUUUAGUUUAUCUUCUGGCACCAUUUAUACCCUGAUAUUUCUCCUACUGUUCCUUGUUCCCUCAGCAGAAUGACUGGGGGAUGAGGGGAGUGGGGGCGGUAUUUAAGCCUUUGGCUGGGGUGUCUUUGCUUCCUCCUGGUGGCCAGGUUCUUAAUUACCAACAGUAAUUAAUCAAGCCGUGGACUCUCCUCCCCUCGAUGGAAAUGAAAUUAUCAGGUAAGCAUAAUUUGUUUUUAUUUCCGCUCCCCUCUGUAUCCAGCAGCUGACAUAUUUAUGGGUGAAGGGCUUUUGUUGCUCUAGCUGCCUUCCAAGUGCAAAGCUGUGAAAUAAAGCUUUGCAGGUUAGACUUCAGGUCUGUAUAGCAGUCGGUUAUGGUAAACUCUUGCAUAUUUAUGUCUGAUGUGAGCAAAUCCAGCACAGUAGCUGAAGUUGCCAGCUGUUUGAUUCAUGGAGUUGCUGAAAUGUGAUGCAUUUUCUGCAAAGCAAUUAUCCUGGCUUUGUCCUUGGUGCAAUUGCAUGGAGACAUGGUAGUCUAAUUUUUUAUUAUUUUUUUUUAUAGUAAAGAUCACUUUUUAGACUAUAAAACCAUAUCACUCAUGCCAACAGCCUAUGUUGUAACUGGAAAUACUCCAGAUAAGUUAUGUAUAAGGUGUAAUGUAGCCGUUGUGACAGAUUAUACAUUGAAGGAUAUAAUGUACAGAGCCUUCUAUAAAUAAAAAAACAAAUGUAUACAAAAAA